CUUUAACUAAGAUUUUCAGCGUAAUGUAAACGAUCUCGUCUUUGCUACAUUUGUAUCUAUUAUCUGUAUUAUAUUCAUUAGGUAUAUCUGAAGAAACACUACGGUAUGAUUCGUCUCCAUUUACCGCUGCGAUUCAUACAAGGAAUCCUGUUACUUCUCGUGAUUUGGGUUACAUUAUAUGCAGUCUUCAUUUUAUUGAAUAAAGGUGAAAGUAAAACUAAAUUCUUUGAUAAUCUUGUACCGUCUUCUACUCUGUCUUUUCUGCCAUCUCUAUCAUUUCCAAUAUUAUCUCCUGCAGUAAUUCCUGUAUCUUCUCCUACACUAGAAUAUGGUCCACUCAAAUUCCUGAACAAACUCCCGCCAUCGUUUGUGCAGAAACAUCCUUAUUUCCACUACGAUAUGGAUUCUGAAGAACCACAAAGCUCAGAUAUGAAAUGCUUGCUACCACGAAUACAUCCUUUUGAUCCUUCCAUAUGGGGCUACAUUGGACGCCAAAGAUCGGUAUUUUGCAAGCACAGUAAACCACAAUUGACGUACAUCGAUAACAACGGCAAACUUAGGUACAAUAAAUCUGACAUCCAGAUGCCAAGCAAUAGGAUUCACGAAUCGUUGGAAUGUUAUUGGUCAUCUGUCUACAGAGGAGAACCUAAUGCUGAGAAUGAUGAUUCGGUGGUAUUCGGAAAUAAGGUUCCUUUCAAGACAGCUGGAGCUCAAUUUCUAGGUGACUCGGACUUCAUACGGGUUCAGUGUAAAGCCAGCAAUUUCAUUUAUGAUACGAUCCAAGCACACAUAAGAAAUAUUUCUGAUUUUAAAAGGAAACCUUUGGUAAAAUUCACCAAUGUUUUGCUUUUUGGCAUUGAUUCCAUGUCCAGGCAGGCUGUCAUUCGAUACCUGCCCCGCACGUAUGGAUAUCUCAGCGAAAACUUGAAAAUGAUCGUCCUUCGUGGAAUGAAUAAAGUAGGAGAUAAUUCGUAUCCUAACCUUAUACCAGUGCUCACAGGUCUUAAAGCACAUGGAGGAGGACUGAACGAAUCCAUCGACAUUGACGAGUGGCCUCUGAUUACGAAAGCUUAUUCAUCACAGGGAUAUGCGACCUUGUGGGCUGAAGAUAUGCAUAAAUAUGCACUUUUUAAUUAUUUCAUUAAAGGAUUUCGCCAUCCUCCUACCCACCAUUAUCUGCGACCAUUUUGGAUUGCUGUUGAACAAUCUCCCCUCAAUAAAGAAAGUUCUUCAAUGUGUUACGGCCGCACCCCGAGACAUGUGUUACAGAUAGAAUAUGUACGAAGAUUUGUGUCAACAUACAAGAAAAAAAGCAUCCCAUUCUUUGGUUUCUCGUUUCUAGCAGAACUCAGUCACGAUACGUUACCUCUAAUAUCGGCAGCUGACGGCCAUAUUGAAGAAUUCCUCAAAUUUUUAAACGAUGAAGGCUUCCUGGAAAAUACUGUAUUGAUUGUCUUUUCCGAUCAUGGGCAUAGAUUUGACAAUAUCAGAAAAACUCCGAUAGGAGCAAUAGAAGAACGAAUGCCAUUUUUUUCCAUUCGCAUUCCAAAUUAUAUAUCUUCUCUUCAACCGGAAAUCUUGGAAAAUCUGUGGGUUAACAGCGGCCGGCUUGUGGUGCCCUUCGAUAUACAUGCCACACUAAUGGAUAUUUUAGAAUUUGCUGUGACUGGACGACCGCUAGGGCAGUCUAAGCCCCCUGAAGGAGAUUUGGGUCAAUCGUUAUUUGUUGAAGUUCCUCCUGAUCGUACCUGCAUUAAUGCUUCAGUCCCAGAUCAUUACUGCGUAUGUGAGAUAGCUUCGGCUAUACCAGUAACAGAUACCACAGCCCGAUCUGCAGCAAAAGCGACUAUUGAUCGCAUCAAUGCCAUGUUGCAUGGUGAGGGGCCGUAUAUAAAAGAAAAAUGUGCAACAUUAGUUCUUGCUGCAAUCAGAAGUGCCCAUAUUCUUCGAAAAGCCGAAGAAGAAGCUACACCAUCUCCUUCGACUAAAGUUAGAAUAAUAAUAGAAGCCAAACCUAGCAAAGGAAUUUUCGAAGCCACAGUUUCAGUGGCAGACGAUGUCGCAGAAGUAUUGGGUGACAUCAGCAGAAUAAAUACUUUUGGCAGUCAGUCCAAUUGCAUAAGGCAUUGGACCUUACGCAAGUAUUGCUUCUGUAACAAUUAAUUACAAAGGUUUUUUUAAUUAAAAAAAUUUAUUAGAACAUCAUAUUUAAAAUUUCGACUUUAACAUUAAAUGUUUCGCAUUAUUUACUUCAGCAGAGGAAAUACUUUUGUUAACAUGUGAAAUAUAAAAGAUAUGUUUUUAAAAUCGUUGUAAGUUUCUGUUGCAUAGUUUCAAAAUGUAGCACAUUUUCGUUAACAUUAAUAAGAUAAAAUGUAUCAAAAAUCUAAUAAACACUGUUACGUGCUCA